AUGCCUUGGAAUCCACACCAACCCAGUAUUUUUCACGCCAAAGAAUGGUCUACACCAUGGCGUUCAUCUUCAUCUGAGUUUCCACCCGAAGAAACCUUCAUCGAGCGAUACAACCGACAACUUGCAAACCCAGAGUGGAAGUCCAUACCAUAUUUCUUAAGCUAUCACUCCCAAUCUGGAGGAUGGCCAUGGGGCUGGGCGAUCUAUCGUACCUGCUAUGCAAACAUAUCCGAUGAAGACUGCGCGAGAGCUAUUGAGAAGCUCGACCAGGCCUGUUUGGCUAGCCUUGAGUUUUACGAGUCUAUGUGGUCCAGAUAUGGGAAUACACAUAUUGAACUGAUCCGCGAAGGAUAUCGGAAUGUUAUAUUUGAGGAUCCUACCUUAGAGGGGGCUUCAGAAGACGCUAUUCAACGUCGACAUAGACAAUGGGUCGAUGACCAUGGCCUUUGUGUGACCAGCGCCCUUCCUCGCCUCAAUUAUCCUCUUUUGUUGGAUGAGCGCUCUGUGCGGUCAAUUCUAGCUAGCGCGGAGCCGUUAAGACCAACUGCUUUACACCCUGACACUUUUUCACACCAUGAACUAGGGGGGAUGGUCGGUUAUGUUAACGUUCUCGACGGUGCUUUUGUCCUUGAAGAGCGGGGAGAGGAUGAUGGCGAGUACUACUUUGGAUUGGUGCGGAUUCACCUGGAUUGUUUGUUUAGCUUCUGCCACAAUUGUGAAAAUCUGAUGACUGAGCAGGACUGGGGUUCCUGGGGUAUGGAUGAUCCUAAUUAUGUGCCUUAUGUUGAUGGCCGCUCACUUCGGCUCGAAAGGAAGCAACUGUUCCUGUCUUCUCCAGGUCGGCUUCCCGAUGUGGAGAGGACAGCUAGAAUUACUGAGCUUGAGUUCAAAGGGAACCAGUAA